AUGGCUUUGCGACUCCUCCUCCUGGCGACUUGUAUUCUCUGGCUUCAAGCGUAUGCGGUGCCGACUCAAGUGUCCCCAGAAGAGGAAGCGUUGAUUACACCUGCACCAACGCGGACCCUCGCCGUGUAUGGGUCGUAUGCAGGAGCAAGGCGAAACGUCGUCAGUGAUCUGGAAUCCGACGUAGACUCAUACGUGAACUCGAUUUUCAGCCAACUGGGGACGGCUAUCCCCUCAUACGUUUCCAAUGGGCUGCUACCCAACCUGCAGAACCUACCCACGGGCAGUGCUGUUAUGAGCUCUGUAGGAGUGAGCAGCUCGGAUCUGGUUGCCACUCCAACACAAGUGUUGAACAUCCCUGGGUAUGGCAACUGGACCUCGUCUGGUUGGAAUCUACGGAUCCACGGGAAUGUAUUCAAACAACCAAAUAUUUCCAAUGCCACCGUGGACCGACUCGCCAACUUUUACCUUAUCGGCACGAGCAUCGAGGAUCUUCCACCAUCACAGCAGGCCCAGGCGCGCAACCUCACGAGAGAGAUCUACGUUGUCCAGCAGGGGAAUCAAACGGUUACAAUGGAUAUCCUCCCCGGCCCCGAGUUUGGAAGCAACGGGCAGCCUGGAGGAGGGGGUGGCGUGACUCCAGCCGGCGGAGAGCAGGUUGUGACUCUGCCCAAUCCAACCACCCCGGAGGGCGACUUUGACGUUUUCAUCCCAAUCGACAACAACUCAUUCACUUUGGCUCCAGGAACGGGGGACAUUGCCCCACAAAGGUUGAACGUCUACGCCCAGGGCACUGACACGGGGAACGCGACUUCGUACCUCGUCUCUGACCAAGGUCUCACCGUUAUAUCCGACAUCGAUGACAUACUUCGUGUGACAAAGAUUUACGAGCCCGAGCAAGGGUUACUCAAUUCUUUCGCUCGUCCGUUUACACCGUGGAUGAACAUGCCAGACAUCUACCGUAACUGGUCCGUCAGUCUGCCAAACAUGCAUUUUCACUACCUCACGACCACUCCAGAGCAAAUCACUCGCAACUACAUGCAAUUCAUCUACGACACUUAUCCAGGCGGUAGCUUCGACACCCGACCCCUCAACUUCAGCGACGUCUCUGCCACUCUAUCGAUCAGAAAGUUCCUCCUAGACAAGAUCUUUCAGACUUUCCCGCACCGAAAAUUCAUCCUCAUUGCGGACACAAGCAACUCGGACGUCAUGCGCGACUAUCCCGAGAUGGCGACACAGUACCCCGGCCAAGUCCAAUGCAUUUUCCUCCGCAACACCUCCUCUACAGACCCUGGAGACAAGUUUCCAUAUAAUACCAAGGGUUUCAAGGGCCUCAGCCAGGAGAGUUACAUGUUCUUCAAGGUGCCAGACGACUUGAUGGGACUUGAUAUUGCGAAUGGAAAGUGCCUGAAUACGACCAUCCCGCAGAAUCUCACGUUUGGAUACCAAGGACUGCCGUUUGGAUUGAGCACCGGCAACGGAAAAAGCGGAGCAAGUCGACUACUGGUUGAUGGUGGUUUGUUCGAAAAGUUUGGUGCCGUGAUGUUGUCUGUACUGUGUGCGAUGUUUCUUCAAGUCCUGUGA